UUUUAAUUUUUCAUUUUGAAUUUCGAUCCCAUUUGUUCUCACUACAAAAUUUCGGAUUCCUAAUUUCUCUUUCUCCCCUUUGAGUUGUGUUCUUGGUUCUUCCUUAUAUUAUUUUUUGUUUAUUGAUUCCACCAUUCAAUUAUAACCGUUGAGGUUGAGGGCCCCCAUUUAUCUUCCAUCUCUCCCUCUCUUUUAAACCCAUCUCUUGAAUUUUUCCAUACCCUUUUCCUCCCACUCUCCACUUUCUUUGGUGGCAGUUGUGUUUGUUCUCUUUCAAUUUUUCAAAAUCGCAUUGGAUUCAAUUUCACACCCUUCUUUUGAUUCUGUCUCCGUAUUCAGCUUAAGAAUCUCACAGCUGCUGCACCAUUUAUAUAUAUAUAUAUAUAUAUAUUCUUCUGUUUCUUUGAUUUGUUCUUCUUUUGGGGUUCUUCUUCCUUUUCCCCUGUUUCACUCUUUUCACACGGUUUCCAGAUUUGUGUUUGUUUCGCUUCUUCUCCCCUUCGUGUUAUUUCCAUUGAAGACAGGUAGAAGAAAGAAGCAUCAACUCCUUUUUUAUCGCAAAAGUUUACUUGAUUCGUAGCUUUUGUUAUUUAUUUUCUUCUUCAUCGCUUUAUUGGAUUCUUCUCUCUCCUCACGAUCUUAGUAGUCGUGGGGCGGCAAAUAUCGCUGGAUCUUCGCUUCUACCACGCCGCCAUCAUCUCCAAGUUUGGGGAAAUUGAAAACGUUGAGUAUUUUUUUCCUUUCUUCUCGUGAUCAAUCUAUUGAAAUCGAUUUCGUUUGGCCCUUUUGAAGUUCCUCUGGGAAUCAUUGGUUUUCUUAUUGGGUUCUUUGGGUCCCUGUUUUUGGUUGUGGGAAUCGGGCAAUGGAAAGAAGAUUAGGGUUUCUGAAGUGGGUUUUAUUGGUUGGGGUAUUGGGUUGCUGUGUUGAAGGUCUUGGGGUUAAUUGGGGAACCAUGGCCAAUCAUAGAUUGCCGCCUAAGACAGUUGUGCAGAUGUUUAAGGAUAAUGGGAUUAAGAAAGUGAAGCUGUUUGAUGCAGAUCAGUCCACCAUGGGUGCUCUGGCUGGGAGUGGUAUAGAGGUCAUGGUUGCCAUUCCCAAUGAUCAACUUGCCGCCAUGGGGGACUACAAGCGAGCUCAGCAAUGGGUGCAGAGGAACGUCACUCGCUAUAACUUCGAUGGAGGAGUUGUCAUCAAAUAUGUUGCUGUUGGUAAUGAACCAUUUCUGUCCUCCUAUAAUGGAUCAUUCCUGAAUGUUACCUUUCCAGCCCUUCAGAACAUUCAAAAUGCCCUCAAUGAAGCUGGUCUUGGAGACUCCAUCAAGGCAACGGUGCCCUUAAAUGCUGAUGUUUACAACUCCCCGGUUAAUAGCCCUUAUCCAUCCGCUGGCAGGUUCCGCAGCGAUAUUAACGGGCUCAUGACCGAUAUUGUGCAGUUUCUAAGCAAGAACAAUGCGCCCUUUACUGUAAACAUUUACCCUUUCCUCAGUCUUUAUGGCAACGAUAACUUCCCUUUCGACUAUGCUUUCUUUGAUGGGGCAAGUAAUCCCGUGGUUGACGCUGGCAAUGGGAUUCAGUAUACGAAUGUUUUUGACGCCAACUUCGAUACAUUGGUUUCGUCUCUGAAAGCUGUUGGACAUGGGGACAUGCCAAUUCUAGUUGGCGAGGUUGGAUGGCCAACCGAUGGUGACAAGAAUGCCAAUGUCGGUAAUGCUUAUAGAUUCUACAAUGGCCUUCUACCGAGGCUUGCAGCCAGUAAGGGCACCCCGCUGAGGGCUGGAUACAUUGAAGUAUACUUGUUCAGUUUCCUGGAUGAAAAUGGCAAAAGUAUUGCUCCAGGAAAUUUCGAGCGACAUUGGGGUAUUUUUGGAUACGAUGGCCAGCCAAAGUUCGGCAUGGAUCUUUCUGGUCAGGGCCAAAACAAACUACUUGUAGGAGCACAGGAUGUGCAGUAUCUUCCUCGCAAGUGGUGUAUGUUCAAUCCAAAUGCCAAGGAUCUCAGUAAACUUGCUGAUAACAUAAACUACGCCUGCACCUUUUCGGAUUGCACUUCCCUCGGCUACGGAUCUUCCUGCAAUAAUUUGGACGCUAACGGGAACGCAUCUUAUGCAUUCAAUAUGUAUUUCCAGGUGCAAAAUCAAGAUGAAAUGGCCUGUAAUUUUCAAGGUUUAGCCACGAUAACGUCACAAAAUCUUUCACAAGGUACUUGCAAUUUCAUCAUUCAGCUAGGUUCUUCCUCGCCCCCGCCCCUUGCUGCUUCAUUUGUUAGUUUAGCAUCUAUGGUCAUGUUAUUGACAGCAUUAUKACUAUAAUUUUCUUCUGUAGAUACUCUUCCAUGGAUGUCCCAUUUUAAUAAUUUUUUUACUUUUUUUUCUCAA